UUAACCUGGGCAUGAUUUUCUGAACAGGCCCAUUGGCGGGGGUGGGAGGGAAACAUUCCCUCAUUUCUGAAACAGGAAACACCCCCCUGGGCAGGGCUGGGAAAACUGACCAGACUCCCAGUGCCAGAGUCUGAACCCACUAGCCAGAGGCUGCUGUGAAAUUUUGAUAAGUCCAUAGAUUCCAGGGACUGCUUUGAUCAUAGUCUGACCCACUGUAUAACCCAGGCCAGAGAACUCCCCCCAAAUAAUUCCUAGAGCAGAUGAAUAACAUCCAAUCAUGAUUUAAAACUUGUCUGUGCUGGAGAAUUAGUAAAUUCUUCCAGUGGUGAAUUACUCUCACCAUUAUAAAUGGACGCUUUAUUUCCUGUCUGAAUUUGUCUAGCUUCAGCUCCCGACCCUUGGAUUGUGUUUUAUCUUUCUCCACUAGAUUAAUGAGCCCAUUAUUCAAUAUUUGUUCCCUGUGUAGACUGCAAACAACUCACUCCGUAAUCUUUUCUUUGUUUACCUAAAUAGAUGGAGCUUCUUGAGUCUAUCACAAUAGGGCUGGUUUUCUAAUCCUUUGAUCGUUCUCCAAGCUCUUCUCUGAAUCCUCUGCAAUUUGUCAACCUCCUUUUUGAACUGUCAGUACCAGAGCUGGACACACGAGUCCAUCAGUGCCUGCACCAGUGACAAACACAGAGAUGCCGGUGACCUUUGAGGAUGUGGCUGUGUAUUUCACCCAGGGGCAGGGGGCACUGUUAGACCCCACUCAGAAAGCCCUCUACAGGGACGUCAUGCAGGAGAACUAUGAGACAGUGACCUCGCUGGGAUUUCCCAUUCCCAAACCUGAGCUGAUCGCCUGGCUGGAACGAGGGGAAGAGCCGUGGGUCCCGGAUCUCCAGGCCUCUGAGAAAAAGGAGGUCAUGCGAGUCAUCCACACAGGUGAUGAGACCCUGAGUGAGAACAAGAAGGUGAAUUGGCAGGUGGAACCAGAGAGGGCCUUUUUGAGAGGAGAUGAAGAGAAUUUUUCCCAAUGCUUGGAACAGGGAGAAGCCUGGGGAAAUCGGGGUGGGUCAGAGAGGCAGCUGGGAAACCAACCAAGGAAGAAAGUGGAUGAAUCAAUUCAAGGUGGGGGAGGAUGCACAGAUCCCAAGGAAACCACCGCCCAGCAGACAAAUCCCAAGGACGAGAAACCCUACAAAUGCCUCGACUGUGGGAAAAGCUUCAGUGUAAGAACCAACCUUAUUACGCAUUGGAAAAACCACACUGGAGAGAAGCCCUAUAAAUGCUUGGACUGCGGGAAAAGUUUCCGUCAGAGCUCACACCUUAUUACCCAUCAGCGACUGCACACAGGAGAAAGACCCUAUAAAUGCCUAGAGUGCGGGAAAAGUUUCAAUGUGAGAUCGGCCCUUAUUGCACAUCAGAGAACGCACACGGGAGAGAAACCCUAUAAGUGCCUGGACUGUGGGAAAAGCUUCAAUGUGAGAUCAGCCGUUAUUAGACAUCAGAGAAUCCACACGGGAGAGAAACCUUAUAAAUGCUUGGACUGUGGGAAAAGUUUUAGUCAGAGCUCCAGCCUCACUAAACAUCGGAGAACCCACACGGGUGAGCGACCCUAUAACUGCCUUGUGUGUGGGAAAAGUUUUAGCGACAGCUCGUCCCUUAUUAAACACGGGAGAACCCACACGGGAGAGAGACCCUAUAAAUGCCUGGACUGUGAGAAAUGUUUCAAUCUGCGAUCAGCUCUUCUUGCACAUCAAAGAACCCACACGGGAGAGAAACCCCAUAAAUGCCUGGACUGUGGGAAAAGCUUCAGUCAGAGCUCAAACCUUGUUACGCAUCAGAGAACCCACACGGGGGAUAAACCCUAUAAAUGCCUCCACUGUGGGAAACGGUUUAACGUCAGUUCAGCCGUUAUUACACAUCAGAGAAUCCACACGGGAGAGAAACCCUAUAAAUGCCUGGACUGUGGGAAAAGCUUCAGUCACAGCUCAAACCUCACUAAACAUCAGGGAAUUCAUGAGGGAGAGAGAACCUGUAAGUGGGACAUGUUUCAAUAGGAAGUCAACCCUUAAUACUCAUCAGGAGACCCCAGCAUGGGAGAGAGACCCCAGAAGUGUCUGUUGAGGGAAAAGUUCCAUUCAGAGAUCAGCCCUUGUUACGCAUCAGACAAUCCACAAAAUAGAGAAACCCCAUAAAUGCUUGGACUGUGGGAAAAGCUUCAAUAACAGCUCAGGCCUUACUUAAUACUGGAGAACCCACAUGAGAGAGAAAAACCUUGAAUGUGGGGCAAGCUUCCCUUAGUAUCUGGCAACAGCAAAUCCGCGCAGGGAAGAAACUGCUGAGAUGUCGUUAGCAAGGAAAAUGCUCCAAGUGGAGACAACACUAUGUCAGACAUCAGAGACUCCUCCGCACAUGGGAGAAAUUCUCUGAGUGCCCUAACUAGGGCUGGCCAUGGUGACAAACCCAUUUCCUCGUUCCCACACACAUCAGGGGCAUUUGGCUCCCAAGGAUCCAUCAGCCGCUGAGCAUCAGCUGGUCCGUGACCCUCUGGCUCUGCCUGGUCGCAGCAAACCCCAGACAGAGGAGGAGAAGCCCCCAUCAGCCCCUCCUCCCUGCUGCAGCCCUGUCUGCUGAGCUGAUGGGCCACAGGUGGGGGAAGGGAAAGAGAGAAACUCCUCCAGCCGCUCCCUCUGCCUGGCUGAACAUCCCCCCUCUCCCUUCCCCUCCCAGCCGGGAUCCCCCUGCCAUGGAGAUGAGGAGAAGGACACUUGGGCCAGGCCCCACCUUCACUCUAGACACCUGUCCCCACCCCUGAACUUCCCCAGCCCCUAGGCUGGGCUCCCCCACUUACCUGGGGUUGUUCCCUGCAGGGGGAGUAUCCUGGGAGGAGUUACCAACCCCCCUCCCCAAAUUACCCGGGGCACUGGGCUCUGGGGAUCAAACGUUAAGGGACCAGGGCAAUGGGUUGUGGGGAGGAAACUGGGGAUUGAAUGGUUGGGGCUGGUGGAGCUGGGAAGCAGCGGGAGCUGGGUGCUGGGGCUAUCGAGUGUUUGGGGCUCCUGGGAUAAGAGGUGAGGGAGAGCCCAGGGGCAGAGAGGUGCUGCCUCAUCACUCACCCCCUCUGCCCAUCUCCCUGCCCCCUCUGCAUUCAGACAGCACCACUGAGUGGGACUGAUUCCCGCAGGGCCUUUUGUGGGAGGCCUGGAGAUCCCACCGCUGCCUCUGCAGCUUCAGCCUCUGAACCUCCGUCUGUGGUCGGGAUCAGCCAGCUCGUCUCCUCUGACCCUCCCCCACUCAUCCUACUCUAGACUGAGCCUGAGCAUCUAAUUCAUUCUGAUCCUCACCAUUAGCAGAGUGACUGUUAGUCACUGAGUUCCCCCUUUGGGUGUAGAUUCUCUCACUCCCAGCUAUUCUCACCUCGAUCCAGGCCCUGCCGGCAAGCAUUUCUUUUUGUACAUUUUCUCUCUUACAGACGAGAAUUAAAUGGAUUCUAGAAGAGUUGGAGCAAGGGUAGUAAAAGGCAGUGUUUUAGGUUCUGUGCUGUUUGAGAGCGAUGGCGUGAGUCUGAGGGAUUCCCUCCUUCCCCAGUCACUGUCACGCUCCAUCCUUGAUGCAGCAGCCUCUGUCCAAGCCUUGGAGAAUUUUAUCCUGUCCCCAUUCUACUCCUCCACCUCCCAAAGUGUCGCUUACCACAGUGUCCCUGGCUCUCCAUGCAUAGGAAUCACACUUUGAUCCUAAAUUAGGCUCCUGGAGGUGAAAGUGUCACCGAUCUGGGCUGGGGUUGGGGAG